UCCUUGUGGACCAUACGCGCGAACAUAGUUACAUGCGUAGACAGAAAAACGUCGGUCACUUCAUUUGUUGCUCUCCCAUCAGCGAGUUCAGCACUGAAUGAACUAAUCUAUUUUUUCAAUCGAACUGCACUGUUUGCAGUGGCACGCCGAAUUAAGUGGCAGUGUUCGAUUGAUCAUUAUCAGUGAUGGUUCACUAGAACUUAGGAGUAUAGUUCGCGGGGAAAACACCGUCUAUCUUCAGUAAGUCUUUGGAAACGAUUCAAUCAGUAUGGAAUUCGAUCCACAUCUUGGGGACUGCGGUUUCUCGCUUCGGCUGCCGAAAACACCGCAAUACGGAGACGAAAUCGCCAUCAAAGGAGUUCUGCGUAACGAUGCGGAAAGAUUUUCAAUUAACCUGUGCUUGGAUCGGCCGGACAGCUGCGACCCAAACGCCGUCCCGGAAUGGAUUGCGUACCAUUUUGGGUUGGACUUCUCGGAGGGUGGUGAUUCAUGUAAAGUGGCUCAAUGCAGCAAGAACGUUGGUUGGAUAGAACCUUUGAUUGUUGAAGAUGAUGCAUUCAAUGGGCGAACAGUGAACAUAAUCGUGCGUUUGGACGAGGAUAGCAUUAAGGUGUUCCAUGAAGAUACUCAACACGCGCCGGACUACGAAUUUGGUCAUCAGUUUCCUAUUGAACAGAUAUGUAUCAUCGAAUUACGAGAUGGUAUCGACCGAGUGGAAGAAAUUCGACUAAAAUAUAGUGCUUGAUUCGGAUUAGCUAUACAGCACAUGUUUGUAACAAAAGCAUGCAGAGAAUUUUUAAUGGAUAGAAUCGUUCAAUCAAUCAGGCUAUUCACAGUAUUUUAUUAUUGAUUAAUGUUGCUUGAAUAUUGAUCUUCCAGUGAAUGUUUUGUUAUUAAAAUUGAAUGGUAUAAAUGAAAAAAAAAAAACAACUACUUUGUUACAUAUAUGCAUCUAGGUGGCUACAUGCAGGGCAUAACAAUGUAGAAAUUUAUUCUUACUUGUUGGUUUUGGCAAUGAAUUGCGCAUGCGUAUUACGGUUAGUUUGAUGGAAAUGCAUAUUUAUUAGACUAGGUCAACAAAGUCGAUUUUUUGGAACAAAGCUAUUUUGAUUCCUUUUAACGUCCAAAACAACUGUAAAAUUUGGGAGCGAUUCAUUGCAUCCCCGCAUUCCGCAUUGCGAUUGAAAUUUGUAUGGAAUUUUGUAUAUGAAAACGUACUUUUUUGCAUUUCUCUCAUAGAUGGAUUUUUUUUGUCUCAAACGGUCUAACUUAUAACGUUGAAGUAUAGCAUAGGAUACGCCGAAAAACUUUGCCGAAGAUCGCAAAGUGAUCCGACACUUGUAACAAAAAUUAUUUCUUUCAGAUCGUCUAAUGGUGCUAAUAAAUAAUAAAAUCUCAA